AUGGAACCUAAAAAAAUAAAAACCAAGAAAUAUACUUUCAAGAGUUUAGAGGUGGAAGAAUUAAGAAAGCUAGGAUCAUUGAUUGUUGAUCAAGAAAAGUUUUGUAGCAAGUAUGGAAGAUUGUUGUAUCUCCUCAGAACCAAGAUGGAAGAAGGAAUCCUCUCCACUUUGAUUCAAUUCUAUGACUCAUUGUAUCAUUGCUUCACCUUCCCUGAUUAUCAACUAUUGCCUACAUUGGAAGAGUAUUCAAGCAUUAUUGGGUUACCUAUUACUGGAAGAAUUCCUUUCACUGGUUUAGAACAAGAUCCCAAGCCUUGUGAGAUUGCAAAAUCUACUCACUUGAGAAAGGGAGAAAUUGAAAAGAGCAUGGUUACUAAAGGAGGAUUACCUGAGUUACCUACUGCGUUCUUAAUUGAGAAAGCUCUCACCUUGUCACAAGAAAGAAAGAAGGAUUGGUUACCUGUUGGGGACACUUACUAUUCUAUUCACCUCAGAAAUUCCUAUAGAAAGGGAAUGGUUACCUGUUGUACUCCUUUACUAUACAAGUGGUAUGUAUCUCAUAUGCCUGACACCUAUGAAUUCUGGAGCCAGAAAGAAGGAUUGAAAUGGUCACACAAGAUCAUGACUCUUACCAACGCUGAGAUUGUUUGGACAAACAAUACCUUUUGUAGAAUGAAGACCUUGGACUGCUGUGGUGAUUUCCCUAAUGUACCCCUCAUUGGUACAAAAGGAGCAAUCAGCUAUAGCCCCGUGUUAUCUCGUCAUCAAUUUGGGUUUCCUAUGGAUAAAAGACCAAGGAGCAAUUUACUGGAAGGAUUCUUUCUGGAAGAAAGAGUUGAGAACAAGGAGUUUAGAGAAAGGGUUGCUAAUGCUUGGCAUCCAAGCCAUAGAAGAGAAAUCAAAGAUUGGAAUACAAAAGGAGAUCUAUCCCCUGAGCCCUUUGAUAAUUGGGUCACUACCAGAGCUGUUGAAAUGAGAAUGCCUAUUCUCCCUGAAUCAUCUGCACCCCUAAUUGAGGAGUAUGUUCCACCCACUGUAGUUCCUUCAACAAUUGAAAGCCUCCAAUAA